AUGAAGAAAUGGAAUGAGGAGGGGGCGCCAGAAGAAACUCAGGCAAUAUACCGUGAGAACAACCUCAAGAAAACUCUGGAAGAUUUUGCAGAGCAAAUUCGGCGCACCAUGGGUUGUCGUGUAGUAAUGCUUGUUAGUCGUAAGAAAAAAGCUAGUCAGACAUUGUCUGUUAGUCUACACGAAACUACGCCUCAGAAUGCUAAGAAAAAAUUUUCUGUGAGCUCAAGUGGUAUCAAGGAGUGGGCUUCGAAUGGAUUUGAAUCCUUCGGAGAAUGGUCUAAGACUGAAUUUUACCCUUCAGAGGAUUCAGACCAUGCAGCUUCAGACAGUGAGGAUGGACCUGUCUUACCUGAAAUCAUAGUAGACAAUGAUGGAUAUGCAAAACUUCCUCUUCGUGAUGGUAUUGGCCUCAAGGGCCAACAGGAGUUGAUUAGAAGUAUCUUUCAUACUUCAUACAAAGUCUCCACAGGUGGCUCUAGACCUGUACCUUGGGGCGUGAUAACUGCCAGCCCGUCCAAUUAUUUGGCACCUGGUUCAGUUCCCACAGGAUUUGUAGUCAAAGACCCUUCUCAUAUGAAGACAGAGGAAGUAAAUCGUCUAUGGAUGUAUUGGGAACGACCCUCUACUGCAAAUAAGAAGCUUGUUGUGUUUAUCAAGGCUAAGGAUGCUGAUAUGCGGGUCACUGGGAAGUCCAAGACAAAAGUAGUGAGCACCCUAGAUGAAGAAGAUCAAGACCGGCCGGCUUCCUUUGCCUCUCAUUUCACAGAACGUACAACACAUCCGGCCGCUCACACCCAUGAGACCACCCCAGAUGAUGUUGCCAUCAAUGACCGAUACACAUUUUUAGAAACCCUUAGCAAGAGUGAAAACUACUUGGAGCUUGUAGAUGCCACUAGGGACCUGGCAAUAUUAGCCAAUCAGAAGCCAAUUUCAGAGCGACACCAAGAUUUGCCUACCUGGGCUGACUGGUCUUGGAACGGAAUUUAUCUUCCUGAGGACAUUCACACAUCAUAUACGACAUUGAUGGCCAGCUUGAACAAGCUACAAACAUGUCCAAUCUCAGGACCGCCAUCUGCAAUGCCAGUAGUACUAGGAAUUGGGCUCCUCUAUAGGGAGUCUAAGCGCGUGAUAGAGUAUGAGGAGGAUGAGGCUGAUCCCAAUACCCCUUUCUACCUACCUCAUUCUGCUAUUGAUCUACAGUUCUUGGCCACUCUGGAUGAUGCUGUCCGGGAAGUCUUGUGCUCAGUCGUUGGUCACAUUGAGAGGCUGACAAAGGAGGGACUCAGUGAUGAGGAUGAGAAGGUGAGGUUGGUGGUAGAUGAUGAAGGGGUGGUGGAGAAGGAUGUUGAGUCAGAGGAGAAUGUAGUUGGGGAAGAAGAACAGCAGGAGCAGGAGGUUAAAGAGGUGGUGCAGAAAGGGAGGAAGAGAGCCAUUCACCAUGCUUCAUCAAGUAAGUCCAAGAAGCCUAGGACUGAGCCUGAGGUUCGUAGAUCAGGUAGGGCAAGGCAACCCUCUAAGAGAAACCAGAAGGUAUGA